AUGGCAAAGUCAAAAGGCGGCUUCUAUGCCGUACAGCGCGGCAAGCAGACGGGCGUCUACACCUCGUGGACAGAGUGCGAGGCAAACGUCCGCGGCUUCAACGGCGCCGUCUUCAAAAAGUUCGACACCCGCCACGAGGCCGAGGCGUUUGUCAAGAGCCACUCGGGCUACCACAAGGGCGCAUCGGCCGACUUUAUCCCACUCCACGACGACACGCCCUCGCAGCCCUCGUCGUCAAAGGACAACAAGAAGCGCCACCGCCAAGAGUCCGUAGCAUCGACAGCCUCGUCGUCCUCGUCUUCGAAACGCGUCAAGGAGGAAAAGAUCAACGCGACCGCCUCAUCGUCAAAGGCCGUCUUUCCUCGGCCGCAGUACUCGGCAGACGGCUCCAAGGUCAAGACGAUCAACGUCUUUGUCGACGGAUCCGGGCUUGGCAAUGGGAAAAAGUCGGCCAGGGCGGGCUGGGGCGUCUACUGGGAGGAUCAGAGCCUGCACGGUCUCAACGAGGCCAGGCGGGUGCCAGGUCCCAUCCAGACCAACAAUCGCGGAGAGCUCAUGGCGAUGAUCCGGGCCAUCCAGCUGUGUCCAGACCCAGAGGCUCAGCUGGUCAUCCACACCGACAGCCAGUACUCUAUGGACUGCGUGGAGAAGUGGAUUUCGGGCUGGCGCAAGAGGGGCUGGAUCAACUCGAUGGGCACCGACGUCAUGAACCGCGACCUGGUCCGGCGCCUGGACCGCGAGAUGGCGUCGUGCAAGCUGCGCCCCAAGCUGGUCAAGGUGCUGGCGCACUCGGGCAUCCACGGCAACGAGAUGGCCGACAAGCUGGCCAAGCACGGCGCGUCGCUGCCCGCCGAGAUGGGAGAGGACCUCGAGCCGCCACCCUCUGACGAGGAGAACGGCAGGGCGCCUGCCAGGGCGUCUAGAGCGAUGGCUCCGGCAAAGCGCGAGGUGUGGACGACGACGACGACGAUGGCUGUCCCCGCGGCUAAAGUCGUCCCAAUACCGCCGGCGUUCAAGAGGGCGGGUCAGGAUGGGGCGUCGAAGCCGGUCAAGGCUGAGAAGGUCAAGACGGAGCGGCUCGACGGUGCCAUGCCCAGCUCGUCGCAGACCACCUCCUACACGAGGGCUGAAGAGGUGGACCCUUCGGACGAGCUCGACGGGCUCGAUGAAGAUGCAUUCAUGUCGCCGGAGGAGCUCAAGGAGCUGGAAGGCGGUCGAUGA